AGGAGCUCUCCCACGAGGAGGCAGGCGUCCAUGGGCGUGGCUGGAGGGGGAAGAAUUGGGUCUCGCGUGCUGAGUGCUCCGGGUCCCCAGUGUGCAGAUCCAGCCUUAGUUUGUAAAAACAAAGCUGCGGGCGCGACCGGAAGUUGCAGCAUGCUAACCCCAUUUCCGGUGAAGAAUUGCUUCUGGUUACUCUGCCACCACAGGGUCCCAGCAGCUGGCUUUAGGACCCCAGCAACACAUGGGCUCAUUUUACAGUCAGUCUCCAACGAUGUGUAUCAAAAUCUGGCUGUAGAAGACUGGAUCCAUGACCACAUCCAUCUAGAAGGCAAGCCAAUUCUUUUCCUUUGGAGAAAUUCUCCCUGUGUUGUCAUCGGCAGGCACCAGAAUCCAUGGCAGGAAUGUAACCUCCAUCUGAUGAGACAGGGAGGUAUCAAACUGGCUCGGAGAAGGAGCGGAGGAGGAACAGUGUACCACGAUAUGGGUAACAUCAAUCUGACCUUCUUUACCACCAAGACCAAGUAUGAUAGAAUGGAAAAUCUGAAGAUAAUCGUGAGAGCUCUGAAUGCUGUCCAACCCCGCCUGGACGUGCAGCCUACCAAAAAAUUCGAUCUGCUACUUGACUGACAGUUUAAAAUCUCAGGAACGGCAUCAAAGAUUGGCCGAGUGGCCGCUUAUCACCAUUGCACUCUGUUAUGCAGUACCGACAGGACAGCGUUGUCAUCUUUGCUGAAGAGCCCAUACCAAGGGAUAAAGAGCAACGCCACACCUAGCAUCCCUUCCAUAGUCAAAAACCUUCUGGAAAAAGAUCCUGCACUGACCUGUGACGUUCUGAUGAACGCGAUUGCUGCAGAGUACGCUGCUCAUCAUCAAAUAGAUAACCGCAUUAACUUAAUAAACCCAGCAGAUGAGACCCAGUUUCCUGGAAUAAACAGCAAAGCCAAAGAGCUGCAAAGCUGGGAGUGGAUAUACGGCUGGACUCCGAAGUUUAGUGUGAACACCACGUUUCACGUGCCCCACGAACAGGCACAUUUGCCAGUUCAGGUGUCCAUAGAUGUAAAGAAGGGACGAAUUGAAACCUGUGAUAUAAAAGCACCUGACCAUUGGUUGCCACUGGAAAUCAGUAACAAAUUAAACUCAAGUUUUAUUGGCAGCAAAUUCUGCCCCAUUGAAGCCACCCUGCUAACAAAUAUAUUACUGAGGACAUGUCCCGAUGACCAGCACUUACACAGCAAAUGGAAUAUUCUGUGUGAAAAAAUCAGGGGAAUAAUGUGACCCUGAGUAACUUGCUUUAUAUUGAUGGUUUGAGUGAUAUUUGGAAUGUGGUAUUUGAACCAGGGUGGCCUCAAACUCAGAGAUCUGCCUGCUUCUGACCCCUGAGUUCUAGGAUUAAAGAUGUAUACUCCCGUGACCAGUUGUAUCUGGGCU